AAGUUAAACUGCCUUUUUUUUACUGCGGCGAGGUACGGGAAUUGAUGUAUGGACAGGAGAGGACUGUAGAGUAAACAGGCAUAUUCACUGUAUCCAAUGUAUUCGAGUGUUCACUGUGCGUUAUCUUGAAAGCGCAACGGUUCCUUCUCGUCUCUCGGGGUCAGUUACUCCUAGCAGGAUGGUUCUCUCUACAUCCCAGCAAGUCGCUCUGGCUUUCACGGCCGUGCUCUUCACGUUUGUCGUGCUGCCGAGGUUGUUUGGCGUCGGCGGCGGAUCUGGGAGCAAGGAAGCUAAAUUUGACCCUCGUUACACCCGGAAAGGUCCAGGCCCAGGUGCAGUCCGAGGUCAUCCCAUCAAUGUGAAUGCCCCUGGCUCCGCUCAGAGUCCUGAGAAUGUGCAGCAGAUGAAGAAGCUCAUGGAGCAGGAGCUGAAGAGCGACAAAUACAAGUCCAACAACAGCAAGGGCUACGUGUUCACGCUAAUGCCUCUUUACGCCAUCGGGGUCGGAGUGUUUGCAGCUUAUAAGUUCCUAAAGAUCAAGUCUGCAGAUGAUCAGGCCCAGAAGGAAAAAUUUGCCAAAGGUGCUAAAAAGUCAGCGGAGGCAGAGAACCAGUUGAACGAGCUGGAACAAAGACUUGCACAGACGGAAAGGAUGCUCAAUUCCAUCCUCACCCAGCUAGACCCACUCACUAACUGCGUGAAGUCGGUGGCCCAGGAGCAAAAGAACGAGAUCAUGUCUCAACUGCAGACCAUCCGGUACCUGAUGAAGAAGAGAGGAAUGGACUGUCCACCAGCAAAUGCCAAUGAAACCUCUGAGCGCAAUCUGGACGAGCUCAUUGAGUCUCUUGGAGACAAGAACGCGUCCGAAGUGGAGGGUUCUGAAGUGGACAAGCAGGCGUCUGAAAACGUGCAUCAGAAUCUCUCUGAAGCUAAAGACGAAGGCGAAGAGAGGAAGUUCCUCAUUGGAGGAGGGGCUGACAGCGAUGGGAUGGAAAAAGAAGAGGAAGAAGAGAAAGAUGUAGUGGAAGGGGAUAAAGAAGGACUAGCGCCUGUGGUCUUGCCUUCACUAGACCAUUCAAACAUUAAGGAGGUCAGUGCUGAGCAGACUGCGUCUGGUCUCAGGCGACGCAACAGGCCUGAAUGAACCUGCUGCACCGAUAGAUGUGACAGAUUUUUAUGAAUAUUUAUUAUUGGUUAAUGUUUUGCUUUUGAAAUGCUUUGCACUUUUUCAUACUGAGAUACUGUAGAAUGCAUUAAAAAUAAACAAUAAUCCUGUAAAGAAAUCUCAACCUUAACGCUUGAAUAAUGCUUCUGGGAGAGGCUACACGUUGGCUAUGCAGCCCAUCACCUCAUAUACUGUAUGUAUGCAGCUACGAUGCCACGGCACGUUGGAUGUUUAUAGCGAGAGCUGAAGCAUUAAUUAAGUGGGAACGUUGAGUAAAAUCGAGCUUUAGGGCUCUAUUUUCCUGCGGCACUCAAAGCGGUUGAGGCCCACGUCCAAAGCCCGCCUAAGUGUCUUAUUACUGCGUUUUUCUGUCUCAAGCUUUGAAUACUUCACAUCUGCACACUUUCUUCCUUUUAAGCAUCUGUCCUCAGGUGGUCCUUUUGUCUUCUCAAUGUUGCCUUACAGUAUAUACAAUGACCUAUAUGCACCCUGUUGCUCCUCUCACAUUCGCACCCGGUGGGAGGAAUCCAACAUGAUUUGGCUGUUUCAGCCGCGAGGCCGACGUGAAAAUAGAGCCCACUUCCUGUCGCUGAGUGAUUUUUUUUUUUUUUAAUUAAAAAAAAAAACAUACUGUCCAUAUUUUAAAAUUUGCUUGAUGUUAGAGUUACGUUUCAGGUGCUGUGUGUACUUUACGUUUUCACCUGCUAGAAGACGCCAAACAUUUUCAAGUAAAAAGGGUAAUUGGUCUCAUUCCACCACCAAACAAGAUAGCAGAUGUUGAACUCUUCCAGCUACUGAAAGGGGAUUUGAUGUGGACAAAUUGAGUCCAAAAUCUUGUAAUGCAACCACAUUUUCCAAAACAAUGAUGAUGGUGUUAGUUGUUAGACGUCUCAUGAUAGAACAAAAAAACUGAUGCUUUCAUGGCAGAACCUUUAAACUACAUGUAUGUUACUUUUCUAUUCUUUUUUAAACUAUAUCCUUCUUCUGCUGCUAGACGGGGUAAAAUUAUAACAUACAUCUAAAAAAGUGAUCUUAAGCUUGUGGCAUGCUGUUAAUACAUCAAAUUCUAUUUGUGCACGAUUUUGCUUUGAGUUACAUUUUGGAGCGUGGCUGCAUGAUACAAUAGUUUAUCCACCAAGAAGAAGGACAAUCACAGAAUCCACACUUACCAAUAUACAACUUUUGUAACUGCUUUCAGGUCCUAUUUAUUAAAAGCUUAGACAGUUCUUAACAGGUUUAGGCCACAGUAGAAAGGAAUCAGUAAACAUUUUGCCUUACUCUAAAUUUCUGUCAAUACUGCGAUGUAACUGUAGAGGCUUGUCACAAUGUUGUUCGGUCGCAUCCUGUACGCUAAGGCUCUAGAACGAAUAGUGCAUCGAUCUCCGCAUCUGAUCACUGUUCCGUCACAUAGUUCUAAUAGAUUAACACACUGUGCACUUAGGGGUAAUACUGUGACUUGAGUAGGUCAUAGUAGCCA